UCUGCUGCUUAUCCGGGGAUGUCACACCGCUGCUAUUUUCUCCCCACAGUCCCUCUCACUCUCUGCUCUCAGCACCAGCGGACAAGAACGGGGAUUUGGAUAGCAAGAAACGCACAUAGAUACCAGACAAAAGCCAGUUAUGGCAGAGGUUGGAGUCGGGAGUUUGCCUUUAGUGGAUCCUGUUUUUAAUUACCAAGAGCACGAACUCAACGACCGACUGAAACGGCUCUACCCGGCUGUGAACGAGGAAGAGACCCCUUUACCCCGAUCCUGGAGCCCCAAGGAUAAAUACAGCUAUAUUGGGCUGUCACAGAACAACCUGCGAGUCCAUUACAAAGGUCACGGUAAGAACCACAAGGAUGCGGCGUCAGUGCGAGCAACUCACCCCAUCCCAGCGGCCUGUGGGAUUUACUACUUUGAAGUCAAGAUUGUCAGCAAAGGUCGAGACGGGUACAUGGGUAUAGGCCUGUCUGCGCAGGGAGUCAAUAUGAACAGACUACCAGGAUGGGACAAACACUCUUAUGGUUACCACGGAGAUGAUGGACACUCCUUUUGUUCCUCUGGGACCGGACAGCCAUACGGCCCGACCUUCACCACUGGAGAUGUGAUUGGCUGCUGUGUUAACCUCAUCAACAACACAUGCUUUUACACCAAAAAUGGCAUCAGUCUAGGUGUUGCCUUCACCGACCUCCCUCCAAACCUGUACCCCACUGUGGGCCUGCAGACGCCCGGUGAGAUUGUAGAUGCUAACUUUGGCCAGCAGCCCUUUGUGUUUGACAUUGAGGACUACAUGAGCGAGUGGAGGGCCAAGAUCCACGGCAUGAUCGCUCGCUUCCCCAUUGAAGAGCGACUGGGGGAGUGGCAAGGGGUUCUGCAAAAUAUGGUGUCCAGUUAUCUGGUGCAUCAUGGGUACUAUGCCACCGCAACAGCCUUUGCCAGAGCCACACAGACCACGAUACAAGAGGACCAGUCAUCGAUAAAAAACAGACAAAGAAUACAGAAGCUGGUGCUGGCAGGACGUGUGGGUGAAGCCAUAGAAGACACUCAGCAGCUGUACCCAGGGCUCCUAGAUCACAACCCCAACCUCCUGUUCAUGUUGAAGUGUCGUCAGUUUGUAGAAAUGGUCAAUGGUACUGACAGUGAAGUUCGGCGUUUGACCGUCCGCUCGCCCAAGUCCCAGGACAGUUACCCAGGGUCACCAAACCUCAGUCCCGGUCGUGGACCUAACAGCACACCCCAGCAUACCAGAGGAACAGACAGUCCCACCUGCAGUAACGGAGUGACCCCUCCCAACAAGACAAAGCUUCAGGGAGGUGUGGGCAGUAGCAAAUAUCCCAGUGCAUCCUCUUCAGCCUCCUCCUCCACCUCCUCCUCCCCUUCAUCUGUCAACUACUCCGAGUCCAACUCCUCUGAUUCCACCAAAAGCCAGCCUCAUAGCAACCAAGAGACAAGUGACAGUGAGAUGGAGAUAGAAGCAGAGCACUACACCAAUGGUGUGGUCGAGGGCUCAACUGCUCGAAUCAUGAAUGGCACCUACAAACAUGAAGAGAUCCUCCAACCAGACGACAACAGCAUCGGCAAUGGGGUCAUAGACACUGAAGAGUGCAGUAAUGGCCGACAGCUGUGUGGAGGAAACCAGGCAGCCACUGAGAGGAUGAUCCAGUUUGGACGAGAACUGCAGGCGCUCAGUGAGCAGUUAUGUCGAGAAUACGGCAAGAACAACACGCACAAGAAAAUGUUACAGGAUGCUUUUAGCCUGCUUGCUUACUCCGAUCCGUGGAACUGCCCCGUUGGACAGCAGUUAGAUCCCACACAGAGAGAGGCACUCUGCUCUGCACUCAACAGCGCCAUACUGGAGUCCCAGAACCUGCCAAAGCAGCCCCCCCUGAUGCUGGCGCUGGGUCAGGCCACAGAGUGUGUGGAGCUCAUGGCCAGGGUCCGCUCCGGCUCCUGCUCUUUCGCCAGAGUAGAAAACUUUUUGCACUAGCCCAUGGCCAGGGUAACAUAAAGUAGCACUGAGAGAGGGCAUGUUCAGCAGGUAGUUACCAUGACGAGGAAGGAGCAAGCAUGUGUUUUGAUUGGCGCGUUUGACAUCACGUCAGACUACGCCUCACCGGAGGAGCGCUGGAGAGCCGUGAAGAAAGUCUCCUUUUUAAUUUAGUAUUAUCAAAUAAAAUGUGUGACACUAUUUAAAGAUCAUUAAUUAUUAUUCUGUUAUCUAGCUAUUUUUAGUUAUUUUAUGUCAGUUUGUUGUGCUUAUCCUGGACAAUUUUACAAAUUGUAAUGGCCCUAUAUUUUCUCUUCUCCAGGAGCUGGAGAUGAUUCCCUAACACCAGUAUUUAACUUGUUCACCGUGUCACUGACCACAAAACCUGUAGCAGCCUUUUAUUGUUCAACCAUUUUCCACAUUUCACAGAAGACCAUAUACUUUUCUAUGUUGAUUAUGAUUAGUCCAUUAUUGGACUGCAUCAGGGACUUCUUUUAGCUUAAAAUUUGCCCAGUAAAUGGGUUAUUUUCAUAGAUCUACAAUUUGACUUUUUUCUUUUUAUAAAUCUCAGGAUGAUUUGAGAAAUUUAAAAUGUCCUUAUUGCGCAAAUAAUUGAUUGCUUGGUCUUAAGGCCUGUAUAAAAAGUAUACCUCAUAAGUGCUGAAAAGCUGGUGUGAAAAGCUUAAAUUAAAGGUGUGGGGGCACUAAUUUAACUUUGGGUGUUACUGUCAGCCAAUCAGUGAUGUGGAUGCAGGUGGCAGGGGGUACAGCUACACCUAUAACUCUCCACUUCUAACACUGUGUCCCCUUAUCACCUGCAUAAAGUAAAUCAGGCUGAAAGGCAGACUAACAAGCUCACUGUAUGUCUGAAUAAGGCAAAGUUCUUGUGUAAUUCUAUAGGUGCAGACUUAUUUAAGUAUAUACAGUACCUCUGGAACUAGGUAUUUGAUUACACGCAUUUCAUAAUUAUUUUGACAAUUCAAAACACAGUCAGUGAGGUCACGUAUUCAGUGCAGAAACACACUGAAUUACCCAGAAUGCCAGGCUAUAUUUAGAUGAACAACAAUAGACACUUAACACAGCCUCUGCAUUGCAUUAAAAGGCAGUUGUUUUUCUUUUUGCUGUUUGUUUUUGUGUGCAAAUUAAUUGUUACACACUCAACAAACUUCAUUCAAAUGACUAGAUAAACAUCUUUUUUCCAUGCUAAGUGCACUCCCAAAUAUUUUUAUAUAAUAAUAUGGUAAAUUACAGCCCUUGAGUGUGUGAGUUCACUAUGAGGUCGCUACAGGGUUUGUGGUCAGACUUAACCAAGCUGCUUUUUAGAUCAACAACCUCUGAAUGUCUCUACACACAUUAGUACAACAGUGUAUGCUUGUAGGCCUGUGUGUUGUUUUUUUUACAUUGUUGUACCUGAAAAGAAAUCUGAAAUCAGUCUCCCAGCUCUCCGUUAAUUUUUGAGGCUUGGACACAGCCGUGGACUGGAUCAGGAGGAGGACCCAAUGAUUGAUGUAAACUUAUAAGGAACAAAGUCACAAAGUCUCUGAAGCCAAAAAUGGACUUCCUACAAAAGAGGUCACAGAAAUGUAAAGUGCAUUGUCAGACCAAGCUGUGCACAAUAGUUUUAAUUUCAUGUUGAGUUUUAGCAAAUCUAUCUCUCUCUAUACAUAUAUAUAUAUUAAAAAUGUGGGGGGUGUGAAAUGAAUUACUCUACACUUAGCAUGACCUUUAAAGUUGAAAAACAAUAUAAAAACUGAAAAAGAUUAUAGAAAAAAGUAUGUACUGGAAACAUGUUAAAACAAAUAUUCUGCUUAAUUUUGACAGAAUUAUUUUUAUUAAAAUACAUCCUUAAACUA